GAAAUUCGUACUUAUUGUUGAGUUACUUCUUUGAAUGAAUUUUAUUUGAAAUAUUUGUGUAUAAACUCAUUUUGAUAAAAUUCAAUGCAUUUUUUCAAAGAAGUAUGAUUGAGUUGAAAUACAUUUUCAUAUCUUUGUGUUUAAUAUACUUAUAGUUGCUCGUUUCAAAAUAUUGAUGUUUUGAUAUGGAUGGAUGCUAAUCAAGUCAACUAAUAGAGGAUUAGCUACUUUUGAAACUUUAUUUUUAGAAUGAAGAAAAAUGAAUUUUUUCGAUUAGAUUUCUCAAAAUAAGUUAUGGAAGUUAAUGAAAAUUCAUCAACGGAGUGUUUGGAAAACUCUAGUGAUAAAACUUUUGACAUUAAUUCAGUGAGACAAGCUUUUCAUGAACUCUUGAAAAUUCCAGUCUGGGAAUUCCAAAAGGCGUUGAAAAAAGCUUUUGCAAUUUUGCUACAAGAUAUAGAUUUAAAGUGUGAUGAUGAUUUAAAGCAUAACAAAAAAGAUGACUUUAAUGAUAGUUUUCAAAUUUUACAAUUGAGGCAAACUUUUAAUGCUCUUUUUCAAGUACAAAUUUAUGAAUUUCAUAAGUCACUAAUAAAUGCUCUGAUAAUUUUAGCAGAAAAUGUACUGUUGCACCUAAAGUCUUGUCAAGAGGAUACCACCUCUCAAUUUAUUUUAAAUGUCUUUGUAUUUGUUAUGGAGAUUCCAAUGAUGCAAUACAUUGAUUAUUUAGAAGAUGUCUUACCAGUUUUUUGCAAAGCUGCCUCUUAUUUAUCAGUAAAGAGCCAAGCUGCUCUUGCUCGUAUUUGGAGCACUUGCCAACCUGAUUGUUUGCGCGAAAUGUUAAAUGCAGUUCACCAGUUAGUAUCUCAUGGUGUCAUUCAGGGUUGGUUUAGGAGACAGUACUGUUUAAAUAAUAAAGACAUGAUUAUUGGUAUCACAAAGCUUAUGAAAAUAAUAUUUUAUGCUAGUUUGCUUGGUGGUGAGGUUGAAGAUGAAGAAUUAACGGGUAAAGAUAAUGAAUUGAUUGAAAAAGGUAAAGAACAGGAAUCAUUACUUGAAAAUAAUAAAUUGGUAAAAAAAGAUAAGGAACAGGAAACACUAUUUGAAAAUAAAUUGGGAGAAAAAGAAGACGAUGAUAAUAAUGAGUUGGUGGAAGGUGAUCAAGAUGUGGAAUCAUUGAGUAAUGAUAUUGAAUUGGUGGAGGAUCGGGAAUUAACAGAUGCAAAUAAUGAACUGGUCGGAAGACAUCAAAAUGAGUCAGGAUUAUUUCUUGCUAAUGCUGAUUAUGAACCUGGAAAAAAUUAUGAGUUAAGUGAGGAUCCCCUCAGUGUUGAACUCAAUAUUAAAGCAAUGGAUUGUUUGAAACCUCUUUUACACUUUAAUGAAUUUUACCAUGAACUUCUUAGUAAACAUCUUGAAAUGGACAAGGAUUUUGCUUUUGUAGGAAAUCCUCUAGAACUUUCUUUCAUAUUAACGCCAGAAGUAAAAGCACUUGGUUUAUGUUAUGAUAACAGAGUACACAUGCGCGGCAUGCGUCAACUUGAUGGCCCUGAUAAUUCUGUUUUGAAGUUGUGGGUUCGACGAGAUCAUUUAAUUGACGAUGCAUUGGUUGGGUUGAAAAUGGUGGCUAUGGAAAGUCCAACUCAUUUUAAGAAAAAACUUGUUGUUGAGUUUGAUGGUGAACUGGGAGUUGAUGCUGGAGGAGUGUCUAAAGAAUUUUUUCAGUUAAUUGUGCAAGAAAUAUUUAAUGCUGAUUUUGCAAUGUUUACUUUCAAUCCAGAGACACAAACUUACUGGUUUAAUCCAACAACAUUUGAAAGUGAGGAACAGUUUGUUUUAAUAGGAAUAAUUUUGGGAUUAGCCAUUUAUAACAAUAUCAUCUUAGAUGUUCAUUUUCCAAUGAUUGUCUAUAGGAAACUAAUGGGGAAAAAAGGAACAUUUCAUGAUUUGAAAGACUGGAAUCCUUUUUUUAAUUUUAAGAGCCUAUGGAAGGGACUGAAUGAUUUAUUAGCUUAUACUAGUGAUGAUUUGGAAGAUGUUUUCAUGCAGUCCUAUUGUAUAACAUAUACCGAUGUCUUUGGAACACUGUUGACUCAUAAUUUAAAGGAAGGGGAUGAUCUUUUAGUAAACCAAGACAACAAAAAGGAGUUUGUUCGCUUGUAUUCUGAUUUUUUGCUCAACAAAUCAAUUUCUGAACAGUUUGAAGCAUUUAAAAAAGGUUUUGAGAUGGUGACGAAAGACAGUUUAUUAUACACACUUUUCAGGCCAGAAGAGUUGGAAGUUAUUAUUUGUGGUGAUAAGGAUUUUGAUUUUAGUGCAUUAGAAAAAGCAACCAAAUAUGAUUGUGGCUAUUGGUCUGAGUCACCUGUAAUAAAGUGGUUUUGGGAAAUAGUUCACCAUUUAUCUCUGGAACAAAAACGAAAGCUUCUUCAGUUUACUACAGGUAGUGAUAGAGUUCCUGUAGGUGGGUUGAGUAAAUUGAAAAUGGUCAUAGUUAGGAAUGGUGAUGAUACUGACAGGCUACCAACUGCUCAUACAUGUUGCAACGUGUUACUUCUUCCUGAAUAUUCCGCAAAAGAAAAGUUAAAAGACAGACUUUUGAAAUCUAUCGAAUAUUUUAAAGGAUUUGGUUUGUCUUGAUGAACAACUCUUAUUUUUUAAGUUAUUUACUUUUUCAAAAUUUCAUAUUGUUAUUUGCAUAAAAAAAGGCAGUUUUUCUUCUUUUGUAAUGUAUGAUACACAAACUUUAUAAAAAAUGCACUAUAUUUACAUUCCCACCUGAUUUUUAAUAAUGUUACAUUUGUAAAAGAUUUAUAUAUUUAUGCUCCCAUCAUUAUGUUUAUGUCUAAACUGAGUUUUGUAUCUGAUUCUUUUACUAAAAAGCGACUUUGGUGCUAAUUGUUUAUUUUAUUUAAAGUGAAUCCCUCACACUGUUAGUAAAUGAAAUUCUGUUCAUUGGAUGAAAAGUUAUUGUAAUAAAUUUUAUUGGAUGUGUU